UGACUGAUGUACAGGAACUUGCUAAUCGCUUUUGUCACAUUCGGAUUAUUCCUGCUGCCUCAGUCACCUCGAGCACACUAACCUGGCCGUCUCUGGUUGACUUCUCCAACGUUAUGAUUUCAUAUUUGUAGAUCUUCCCAUGUGAAUCAGUCAUAGUCUUGGACAGAAAGGUCAGUGCACUCACCACACUGAAAAGGCUUGGGCUGUUUUUGUGUUUUAUCUACCUGCGCCGAGAGAACUUGACUUCCGGAGUCAGGCAUUUUAGUGGCAAGACAUUUUUUGGAAUUUUACAACAGCUCCCAAAGUGGCUGGAAUCCACGAGAAACUGAAGUCUCCGAGAGCUAGAGCCCUCAGCCGCCUCGCUGCUGCUUGGAAGCCCUCCUUCACUCCAGUGGAAGACCAGGUUUGCCAUGUAGAAGGUGCUUGUCCCUUGGAUGAACAGGGAGAAGUGACAUCCCUCAGAUUUCCCCCAGAGCUCCCCAGAACCCCCUGGUCUUCACAUCCCUUGCUCAUGGCAUUUGCUGCAGCAGCCCACUGAGGGCUCUUUUCCCCAGGAUCCUGGACUUGUGAGGAGGACUCCAGGCUGGGAAGAUGCUGAGUUCCAUCAAGUGCGUGCUGGUGGGUGACAGCGCCGUGGGGAAGACUUCACUGUUGGUGCGCUUCACGUCGGAGACCUUCCCAGAGGCCUACAAGCCCACGGUGUAUGAAAACACGGGUGUGGACGUCUUCAUGGAUGGCAUCCAGAUCAGCCUGGGCCUCUGGGACACAGCUGGCAACGAUGCUUUCAGGAGCAUCCGCCCCCUGUCCUACCAGCAGGCAGAUGUGGUACUGAUGUGCUACUCCGUGGCCAACCAUUCCUCCUUCCUGAACUUGAAGAACAAGUGGAUUGGUGAAAUCCGGAGCAACCUGCCCUGCACCCCGGUGCUGGUGGUGGCCACCCAGACUGACCAGCGGGAGGUGGGGCCCCACAGGGCCUCCUGCAUCAAUGCCCUGGACGGCAAGAGGCUGGCCCAGGAUGUGCGAGCCAAGGGCUACCUGGAGUGCUCAGCCCUCAGCAACCGAGGAGUCCAGCAGGUGUUUGAGUGUGCUGUCCGGACUGCCGUCAACCAGGCCAGGAGGCGAAACAGACGGAGACUCUUCUCCAUCAAUCAGUGCAAGAUCUUCUAAGGUCCAAGAUCCUUCAGCUGACACCCAUGAGCUCACCCCAGCGAUGGACACGUGGAGAGAUGGGAACAGGCGAGCGGUUUGUGGUGUGUCCCACACAGCCCGUGCUUUUGGGUAGAGUUGCUGAUGAGACUGGAUAGUAUUUUCACUAACUACUCCUACAAGUGGACUCCUGGCCAAGUACAAUCAGAGAACUCCUUCGAGAGGCUGUCAUGAAUAUUCUAUCUUCAAUUAAAAAACUAAAAUGGCUCCAUAGUUUUGGACAGUGCUGUGAGUUUCCCAAAUACUCCAUAUUUAAAGACACAUUUUAUUUAAAUAAUAACAAAAUGUCUAGCUCUUGUAUAUAAUUAGUUUUUGCACUUGGAAAGACUUUUCCUACAUACUUGCAAGCAAACCAUUGUCCGAGGAAUGUGACCCUGUGAGGUUCUGCAUUAUGUGUAUAGUGUUAUUAUUUUCCCCCAAAUAGGAAAGUGGUUGAAACCACCUGUCUGCUGGAUUUUUCUAGGAAAGCAAAUUUUAAAAUGACCAUGAACUGUUCCUUGCAAUUCUCUGUCACUUCCCUGUUAUACAGAGUUGUAUAUAUAGCACAGUUCAGUAACUUCUUAAUACUUUCCAGUGAUUUUGAACAGUUACCACUAUAUUUCCUGUAAUUAUAAAAAAGUAUUUCUAACUUAAUGAUAUUACCUUUUAAUGAAAGAACUUCAGUUGCAUGCGAAGUAUUCCUCUCUCAUUCAUCAAGACCAAUUGAAAGAAAAACUUUCCAGAGGAAAUCACACUGCCCCAAGUAACAACAGCAGACCUUGGAACAGAGGUGGGAAAAUACCACUGUCACAUUGGAAACCACCGCGCCUUGCCUGCUCUUACUGUGAGGUGGUUCCUGGUCUCAAGAAAGAGGGCAGGUCUAGUGUUCUGCACAGGAUGUUCUCAUUCCAACCCUAAACUGGCAGGUGUAACAAUGCAACUUAUUAAUCUGAGGAUCUAAUCAGAAUAAUUAGCAAGGUACUGACACUUAUAUGUGUGAGGGGAAACAGAAUUUAUAGAUUUUAAUCUGAUGGAUAUAAAGCAUCUGAGUGAAAAACAAGAAUCACUAAUCCCAAGCACAGGGAACAGGAAAGCUAGUAGUAAAUAAUAAAUACACACACACACACCACACACACACACACACACACACACAGUUUAAACCUCAUUCUAUCUAGUUGCUUAAAAGCAAUGAUGUCGCUCAUCUACUCAAGUUGAGAACAGAGAACUGUGUAACCUGAGGAAUAAACUGGGAAGAUAUAUCAUUUAUUACUCCCAGAUAUAUCAUCUACCUGGCAAUAAAAUAAAACCUAGAACCUCUCUAGUCACAUUUGGGAAAGCACCCCAUCAUUCUGGGGUGAUACGGCAUUUACACACAGAAGGAGAAGCAGCUUGCAGAAAUGACCAAACCAGUUUUUCAGAUUCCUUAUUUGAUCAAUUCUUUAUAGUUAUAUUAGUGUCAGAAAUCAAAUUUGUGCUCACCCCACACUCUUUUCUUUUCCUCUCACUGGCAUGCAGUAAAAGGCCUGGGAUCCCACUCUUAGUCUCUGGUGGGAGCGUUGUGUGUGUUCUCUAGGGUUGCUGGGUCAGCCGUUAGCUGUAUGUCAGGCCUUCACCCAAAAUCUCAGCCUUACAGUCCCGUGGCCCGUCCUUGCCUCUGUGUCACCUGUGUCCCUUGACUCGAGAGCCUUACCUCCACUUCUCAGCACUGGGCAUCUUCAGGGUUGGAGAACUGGGAAGGGAAGGGAUGGGGAUCAUGUCCCUGACAUCCCUGCUAUCCCCUCCCUAUCCCCCUACGCACAGAAAGACUUUAACAAUGAAUGCAGUUUCUAAGACCAGUCUUUGCAGUGUGUGUGCAUGUGUGUAUAGGGGGUGUGUUGAGCAUGUUAGACAAGUGAGUUUCUACUUAUUAAAAUGGAGUGUCUCCUGUGGUUUUUCAUCUUCUUGUUGAAGGGUGGGGGGUGCAUAUCUGAACACAGGAAGGGCCCAGGUACUUGGUUCAAGAGGAGUAAAUUCCAUGUGCGAAGCCAGGGCUAAGUCUCUCCAUCUUGUGAGUAAGAAGUGAAAACUGAUCCCUUUUCCCAAAUUGUUGGAAUUCAUGUACUGUAUGUCCUACCUGAGCAUAUGUUAUUUUUGCCUGCCUAGACCAAGGCAUAUGAUUCUCUCUCUUCAAUA